AUGUCGGACGACGCAGAUAAGAUCAAGCUUGAACUACCUUCGAAACUACAGGCAUUCAGUUUUACCUUUGAAACCAAGCGGCCAGGGCCUAUGACAGUCGAAAUCACACUCAGACAGCCCACCAAGCGGCCCAGAUUACUACAAGUUCCUGAACAUGUCGACCUCAGCGCAACCGAAUCCAAAACUCCUGACCAACUUCAAGUCAUGCACUGGCAAGAGGCCCAGAAAUAUAAACUAGCUAAUCAUACUAACCAAUAUGCUUGGAAGAAGUCCGCAGCUGGAACUGUGGCAAGGAUCGAUACAGAAGAGACCUUCGAUAGUAGCGACACGGAGAAAGAGACUCUGGCAGAGUUCACCCGCUGGUACAAGGCCAAGAAGGCUGUCCGAGAGAGGGUGCACAAGACCCUGAAGACUCCUGAGAAUGGAGUGUGUGAGCUGUGUCCCAGGGGGACGCAUUAUAUGGGACGGCGUUCAAUAUUCCUGCGCCAGCGGCUUUGCGGCUUCACCAGCCUGAGGCGGUUGACUGAAAAAAUCAUCCACCUGUGGCAGCGCAUGACCGCCCCGCCAGCAUUCGAUAGCGGGGUUCCAGGAGGCUGCGCUGUGCCCCGUACAUUGUUAGGCGAACAAGGGGGCUGUGGGGAAUGGGGAAAAGCCAGUGCGAAGCACCCAGAAGCUGGCAAAUCCCCAGAAUCAUAG